CUCGAAUUAAUUAUUAUUCUUCAAAGAAUCCAUCAAAAUUGCACAUCCCAAAAGCAAUGAGCAUAGCGAUGCUGAAUCUCCAAGCUAAGUCUGAAAAAAAGGUUCCUCUUUUAACAAACUUUCCCACACCAACAUCCUCACUCAAUAAUCUCAACUUGUCCUCUCUUCCCCUUUGUAAAAUAAAAAUAAAAAUGCAUUUGAAGAAGAAGAUGAUGUAUACACUCAAAACCAUAUUCAAACCCAUCUUUAUGGCCUGCCGUUGCUGUUCUACCGUCCCACCUUCCUCUCACAACCAUUACAUCCCCGGGCCACCGGUUUCUCCUACGGUUCUACGCAGUCCAUGUCCUAAGAUCGACGAGAGCGUCGCGAUGGCUAAGGAAUCAAACAAUCCAUUCGAAGAUUACAAGAAGUCGAUGAAUCAAAUGAUCGAAGAGAGAGAUAUCGAGACAGAAGAUGACCUUAAGGAGCUUCUAAGGUGUUUCUUGGAUAUAAACCCUUCUCCUCAUCACAAUCUCAUCGUCAGAGCUUUUGUUGACGUCUGUUCACAUCUUCGGCCACCACACGACCGCCGUGGCAAGUCGUUUGGGAAAUUGCUUCGCUUAUAUGUUAAUAAUCCUCUUGAUAAUAAUAGUAAUGAUGAUGUUGACGACGACGAUGACUUACACCAAACUUCUUCAAUUAAGAUGAGAAUGAGGAACUGAUCCUUCCUCCUAGCUCUUGCAUCUCUUUCUAUACAUGUUACAAUAUUGUGAAUAAUUUGAUUUUCUGAUUCCAUGCAAUGCUAUAUGUGAAACCCUUA